AUGCCUGGACACAAUCCUUUCCGCCGUAAAAAGGCUGCCUCUGACACGCCGGCCCCGCCUGCGCACGCAAGCUCCGACGUUGCUGAGCAAGUUCCAGGCAGCACCAUAGCAGCUGCACCCGCAGCGCCAUCCGACAAUGAUCCUCCUCCGACUCAAUCCUCAAGGACCAAAACGGUGCGCAUCGCGUCCCCGCCAACACUCAUUCCACCGGUUCAACCGUUGACUCCUUUAUCUGGGAAGAAUAUUACACCCUUCCAACGCAUCUCGAUGCAUCGCGGUUCUCCCCCUCCUCCCAUGCCCGAUUCGGAUCCGGAAUCCCCGGCUGAUGAAGGCUCGCUUCCUCUUGAUCCCUUUGAUAGCCCGGAGAUCUCCGGAAGCGACGACUACGAAAGACGGCAAUUGGAAGAUGAUAUACUGCGGAGCUCGCCGCUACAUACAAACGAAGAAGCGGGGAUAGGGCGAUAUGGACGCCAGGACCAGGGUGGAUUGGGAAGACCGAUAUCGUCUGGGGGAACGGGUUUUGCCUCGCGGGCGCUGGACAAUGCUCCUCCAACGCCGGAACAGAGAAAAAGAGCUAAGAUGGAUGUAGACGCGUUUGCGAGAAUGCUUCUUAGGGGAAGUUCGGAAUCAAGUCUUGAUGGAACACAGCCAGGUUCUCAACCUCAAGAUCGGACGGCUCCAGGUGGCGGGAGCAAUGCCAACGCACACGGUGCAGAGAAGGCAAUCUUACAAACUGCUUCUACUCCCCGACAAGAUAUUCCAGAUGGGCCAUCGAAAUCGGAUCGGGGAGAUGAGAAUCCACAAGUUGAGAGAAAACCCACAGAAAGGAAGAAGCCACCACCGCCGAAGACGAGGCACGGGAAACCAAUCCAAACUGAUCCGGAUAUGGCUUCGAUUGGAGCUUCCACUCCUUCCCCAGCGUCUGAUAAAUAUACCAGCCCGUUCAACCGCAUUUCACUCUCUUCGCCCUCAUAUAAUGGAGGACGAGUUGUUUCCGACCCUCCAAUACCUAGCCGAAGCUCUGAUGGCAGUGCCAGAGCAUCAAUACAGGAGCGACGCUUCGAAAGCCGUUCUGAGCCCUUUUCAAAACCCCUUACCCUGCCAAAAAGGCCGCCAACUCCCCCAGCGCGACGAAACAGUCAGUUAAAAACACACAGGUCUUCUCCUCCAGUAACCCGUUCUAGCUCAACAAGGCUCCCCACGAACACCAAUUCCCCCCUUCAUAUGUCUAGCAUACCGCGAACGCCUCCGCCGCCGCCUUCUCGUCGAAGAGACCGAGAAUCUUCUACUUCUUCCCCAUCUACCCAGUCUCGACUCUCCAUUACGCCAGAUACAAUCGCACCAUUGAACGGGGGAGCAGACGAUGCUUCAGAAAACACCAGCCUUCAGCGCUCAGAAUCUGGUUCAGUACGCUCUGUCAAUAGGGCAUCGAGGCUUUCAGGUUCCUCCGCGGUUCCGCCACGACCCCCUCCUCCUAGACGGAGCGGCGGUUCUUAUGCACACGGCUCAGACGAUUCUCGAGCCGCAAGACCAAGAUCGUUGGGCUCAGAUGAAUCGGGUCACCGAUUUGAGGAGAAGGAAACAGAAGAGCCGCCCGCUCCUCCGCGUUCGAAUGCAGGUAAUAUCCUUGAAACAUUGUCAAAACUGCAGCAGGAGGUCGAUGAAUUACGAGGAAGAUAUGAGAGGAAACCUCCCAAUUAG